AUGGGUUUCUCUUAUUUAUUGAAAGAACUGGAAUCAUGUAUUAUUCUUCGCUGUAGCGGAUUUCAGUCUCAGCUUAAGAGCGCCGAAGAACAAAAGGUCAAGGCCAAUCCUAUGAAGGCCCUCAACAUCGAAAAGCUUGUUCUCAACAUUUCAGUUGGUGAAUCUGGUGAUCGUUUGACCCGUGCUGCCAAGGUGCUCGAACAAUUGACUGGUCAAACUCCUGUGUACUCCAAGGCUCGCUACACUGUGCGUACUUUUGGUAUCCGUCGUAACGAAAAGAUCUCUGUUCACGUUACUGUUCGUGGUCCUAAGGCUGAAGAAAUUUUGGAACGUGGUUUGAAGGUUAAGGAAUACGAAUUACGCGACCGUAACUUCUCUGCUACUGGUAACUUUGGUUUCGGUAUUGAUGAACAUAUCGAUUUGGGUAUCAAGUAUGAUCCUUCUAUUGGUAUUUAUGGUAUGGAUUAUUAUGUUGUCAUGGGUCGUCCUGGUUUCCGUGUUGCUCGUCGUAAGCGUGCUCAAGCUUCCGUUGGUGUUAACCAUAAGAUCAAGAAGUCUGAAUCCAUUGAAUGGUUCAAGUCUCGCUUUGACGGUAUUGUUCUCAACAAAUAGAUAUCAUUUAGUUUAACUUUUUUUUUUUUCUGUUUUUAUUCAAUAAAAAGACAUGUUUUUUUUUUAUC